AUGACUAGAACAAGUAUAACUCUCAACGUAAACCCUCACACCGAGGUUCAGGCUCAAAGAAAACGCGAGCUUGAAAGCAAACUCGAUGAUGAAGUCGUCAACCUUGAAUUACUACAAACCAGUUUAAAAAAAACUGAUAUGCUGACUGAGAAAAUGCAAACCAUAUUGAGCUCGUUUGACCAGCGACUGUCCAAGCUCGAAACAUUUAUUCUUCCCAUUUACAAAUCAACUCAAAAACUAACAAAAAUGCAUACAAAUAUUGAUUCUGCUCUUGCACAGAUUGAAGGAUUCACUAGCACGCUAUCUGUUAUUAAGCAGCACGAAGCAAUUGUGACCAAAGGACCACAAGGAAUUCCUCUUGCCGUGUAUUUGGAGUCUAUUUCAAAAUUAAAAGAGUCUUUACAGAAUCUUGAAACUACCAAGUACAAAUCAUCCGAGCGCAAAAUACAGGCUCUGAAAGAUACGCUGUGGAAAGGAAUUCGCCAGUUGGACGAAAUGUUUUCUCAAAAACUGCAGGCCGCAAGUGAUGCAAUAGAUCCUAGUGCAUACCAAGUUGACGAUGAUGUUGUGCCAUCGCCCAUCCCAGACGCUCAGCUUUCAGAACUACAUAACCUGGCAAGUGCACUUGCAGAAUCUUUGAUAGAAAUUGGCCCUAUUUCGGCAUUCAUCAAGCAGUAUGAGGAAAUCCGGUCAGCACAUUUGGUAAAAUCGCUCGCUUCUAUAUGCCAGACAACCAAGGAUGAGGAACUCAAAAGCGUGCAUCAGCGUGGAACGUAUCAAAAAGGAUCCAGUUUGCUCACACAAUACGGAAAGAAUCUACUUAUUCUCCUUAAUACUGAGCAUGCUCUCCAUCUUAAAAUCAUCCCAAAGCAUCAUGCGGUUACAACAUUUGCACAAACAAUUGUUUUAUCAGUUGAUGGCUUUCUUGACGCCUGCGAGUCUAUGCUAAAUCGCGUCAGAAGAAAUAUUCAACGUCGGGAUAUCAAUGAUGUAUAUAUGCUGAUUGAUGUCUGGGACGAUCUCUCAAACCUGUUUGGCAAGCAUGUUGGUCUCCUUGCGUAUUGUGGAAAAAAGGGUCAUGAUAUCGAUUUGGUUUUGGCAAAUUGUAGCACAACUGCAAUUUCAUAUUUUAAAGAGGUGUAUGAUGAAUUCAGAGUGGAUUCGGAAAAAAAACAAGCGGCAUUAUCUGUAGAUGGCACAGUUCAUGAAACAACUAGCAAGACAAUCAAUACACUCAAAAGACUGUUGGACUUUUCAUUGGCCAUGGAACAUAUAAUCAUGUCUAGUCAGGGAAAUCCCGGUGCACUUCCCGUCACAUCUUUUCCGGAAUUUGUAUCAAAAAUGAUUGAAGCUCUUGUUACAGAUCUUGAGAUUAAAUCACGAGGGUACAAGAAAUCAACCUUGACUACACUCUUUCUUCUCAAUAAUUUCCACUACAUCCUUAAAGGUCUCAAAAGCUGUAGAUUGGUGGAUAACUUGAAUAGUGAUACUCUUGACAUGGUUGAAAAAUCAAUCAAAAAGCAGUUGGAUGUGUACAGAAGCAGCUGGAUGCCAUUAAUUGAACAUCUUAUGGAUACAACGAAAAUAUCAGACCAAAGGAUUGUCACUAUUCUCUCCAAACCUCAACGCGAGGCUGUCAAGGAGCGAUUCAAAAACUUUAACAAAGACUUUGAUGAAAUGUUCCAAACACAAAAAGCUUAUGCAAUUCCCGAUGUGGAACUUCGUGCCCAAGUUAUAAAGGAAGUUCGGCAAGUUCUUUUGCCCAUGUACAAUCGGUUCUACGAUCGAUACGUUGAGACAGAGUUUUCAAAAAAUAAGGAAAAGUACAUCAAGUAUGACAAGGAUGCAUUGACAGGUGCUUUGGAUAAAUUCUUUGAUGCUUCUUCAGAAUCUAUGGUUGGUAGACAGUGGGGUCGCACUCAAGAAUAG